AUGGAUGCGUUGCCCUCGUACGAAGAAGCUACGACGGCCGCAGAUUGGCUUCAGCUGGCAGCACCCUUCGUAGCCACCGGUGACUGGCGCCGGUGCUGUUUGGUCAGCAGCCAUUUCUAUAGACAUUUCGCAGCUCGUUUGUGGUUGGACCCACUUGUGACCUCGAGAAGAUUUGGACUGCACCCUAAUGAUGAUCUCGCGUGGUAUAGAAGAUUCAUCAACAUCCAACUUAAAUCAGUGCGGCUCAGCACGCGAGCACUGGUGCGGUCGUUAGACUUCCGGGAUUUCGCUGUCAGAGCUUCUGGUCUAUAUUCUACGGAGGCCAGCGAAAGGGCGAUAUCCGAGAGCUUUAGGGAGUUACCGUCUCUCUUCCCACGGCUCUUAUGUCUCCUCGUCGACGGCCACCCAGAACUGAACCCGGAAGCACUCAUAAAGAGCGAGCCCGGGAAGGAGGUCGACGGACCGGAGAACGCGCUUCAGUUGCUCGAUCUGGCCCACUGCCCUCAUGAGCUCACAUCUCGGUACUUUAGACCAAGGUACUUUCGAGACCUAGUCUACCUCGACCUCUCCGGCAUCCCAGGUUCAGUCAAGAGUGCAGUCAUCGCCUCCCUCAAACCCGAGUGUCUUCCCGAGCUACGUGUGCUGAAAGUCCGGGGGCGUGAAAUGGAUGAUUCUACGGCCGUUAUACUGUUCCAGACUUUCCAACGACGUUUGUGGAGCUUGGACAUAUCUGAGAAUAAGCUCACUGAUGCCUGUAUCAAUGCGCUCAUCGAGAAUUGCUUCACUGCGUUGUCGUAUCGCACCGACACACACUUUGAGAUCGAAGGUAAACUCACAAACCCCCGCCGUGUUGGUAGCAUUACGCAGGGCCCAUUUGAAUUCAUUGAGGAAUCAGACUCAAGCGGGUUUUUCAAUCACCCAGCACGGUUUCUUCCAGAUGCUCCACCAUACCUACAUCGCGCUGACCAGGGAGACUUGCAAGAGUGGCAAGUUGUGCGAUCAACCGGUGCAGGACAUUCUAGGGACGACAGCGCUGAUGGUGUCAGGAGACUGCUGCUCAAGGAUGCACUAUCAAACACCGUCUCUUCGACCGGUACUGUAAACCAACAGAUCCGCACCAGUCACGGUGGUAUUACCCACCUAUAUCUAAAUGGCAACCGCUUCACUUCCGGGGGCAUCGAAAGACUCGUGAAACAUUCUCUAGGCAGGCUAGAACACGUGGAGUGUGACUCAUGUCGCGUCUGGUCACCAUGUCUAGCGGUCCCAAAGUCCUUGCCUGAGUCUCUUCAGGUAUAUGGCUUCUUUGAUUCGAGCCAUCUGCUGCGCCCCGUCUUCUCGUCAAAUCUGCGAUCUUUGCGCCUUCAUCAUUCCGUAGUAACACACGUACCCAGUGUCACGGCAGACGGUCUUACGCCGCUGAUGGCAAACAUACACGCAGAGACUACCUUCCGCGAGCGUGUUCAGUUAGCAUAUCCCAUCCCUUUCUCGCCGGAUAUGAAUCCUCGGGUGGUUUCCCUCACACUCACUGGGAUUCCGACGCGCUCAGUUGGGCCCCUUAUCUCUACCUUGACUCGGUUCCUCGACUUGGCCUCCGCGCAACAGCAAGCGGUGGCUUCUGCCUCAAGACUGUCAGCCGAGCGAGGCUCUCCAAUGUUGACGGGACUGAGACACAUUCGGCUUGAGCUGGAGCCGGAUUACUCGGAUGAUUCUCCCAGCCUAUUGCUUGAAGGGAAUGGUAAUUUCGAUGAUAUUCUUGACCCUGCGGGCGACACCAUCCAGGGGGGCCCAGAUGUACCAAGGGAAAUUUCCUCGAGAGCCACACAAAAGCCCACAAGAGGGGCCAGUAGUGCCUCAACAAGCAUUCCGGAUCCUGCGGUGGCUCAUGAGUAUCUUCAUCUUCCAGAGAAUGAGUACCUCAAUUUCCGGGUUGAUGCCUCGGAAUCCUGGAACGGAAACAUGUUCACCAUACCAGUGUGGGUGGGCAGUGGUGUCCCAGGACCGCAGCCAGCUGUCAAUGAGUACAUGGUCAACUUGCGAGAUCGUCGGCUUCACCGGGACGUUGGACCAGCGAUGCCCAAUCAUGUAGAGGCUGGUGUUCCGUCCGGGUCCUACAUCUUCUAUGCUGCGUGGGAUUCCAUGGUCUUCCCUAAGCGACUGCCCAAGAUCGACAAGACCCCGAGAGGGUUGGUGCGGGAUGUGGCCACCGCGAUCAAGGAAUACAGACAACAAACCAAGGGUACUGCAAAGCAUUGGACAGGACGGCUGGAACUUGUGAGAAUGGAGAGUGGUAGGAGAUAUCAAUCAUCAGACUACUGGCGCUAA